AUGCCCCCUUCGGAGUAUACCUGCACGAUACAAGAUGUCUCGAAACAAGAUCCUAUCGACGAUGACGACAACGACGUCCCCGUGAACAAGCUGACCAGCUUCAAUGGGCGACUGAAUCAGUUUUUCCACGCGUCGAAGAACGUGAACGGUGGGCGAGAACAGAAAAUAAAGUUGGAGUCGAGUGGCAUCCUACAGGAUGAUAAUAGUUCUGGCUCAAGCUCGGGCUCGAAACGAAGAGAAGCGCAAGACCAAACCCCAGAUCUCUCGAACAACAACUCCAUAAUACCUUCACCCAAGCGAAGAAAGAUGAGACAGAGCAACCCACUCCUCCCAUCACGCACGAACACGACUCGCUCUAAAUCAACCACCACCGCAUCCUCCGCAUCCUCACCACAACCACAAUCACCCAACCCUCUUCCAAAAACAAAACCACCAACACGAUCUCGCCGCACACGCACCUCCCGAACAGCCACACCGUCCUCCUCAUCUCCACCCGCAACAUCCUCUCUCCUCCGCGACACGAUCCCCGCAAACCUAACCCUCCUCCUGGUCGGCGUCAACCCGGGCAUUUUAACCGGAACGACAGGAUACGCAUACGCCCACCCCUCAAAUCUCUUCUGGAAACUCCUCCACUCAUCCGGAAUAACCACCACCCGCCACCCCCCCUCAGACACAUACCGGCUGCCGGAUCUCUACAACGUCGGCAACACGAACAUCGUGGAACGCCCGACGCGAGACGCCAGCAUGCUCAGCAAAGCGGAGAUGGACGCGGGUGUGCCCGUGCUGGAAGCGAAGGUGGCGGCUCAGCGGCCCAAGGCGGUAUGUUUGGUGGGUAAGAGUAUCUGGGAAGCUGUCUGGCGGGUGCGGAGGGGGAGAGGGAUCCGGAAGGAGGAGUUUCGGUAUGGAUGGCAGGGGGAAGGGGAGAAUAUGGGACGGUGCGAGGGGUGGGAUGGGGCGCCGGUGUUUGUGGCUACGACGACGAGUGGGCUGGCGGCGGGGAUGACGAUGGCGCAGAAAGAGGCUGUGUGGAAUGAGUUGGGGACGUGGGUGGUUGGGCGACGAGAGGAGAUGAAGAAAUCCGAAGAGGAACAGAAGGAAUUGAUUUGA